CCGUGGUAUUUUCAACAUAUAGGGGCGCUUUGUAUUCUCGCAUGUAAAGUCCAACGGUCACACAGAUCCAUACGUCUAAAUAAACUUUUAAGCAGUAAAAUCAAUGAAAUAAGUGAAAACAAAACAGUGCGAAUAACGGAGAAACAGCAAGACACGCAGAGGAGCAGCAACUGGACGAGAAAACAUGGCCAACAUACUGGAGAAUCAACUGUUCACGGCGGCCAAGACCAUCGAGCAGCAGCUGGACCAGCAGCUCGACCGCCUGGACAACCUCGACUCGGAUGACUUGAAGGUGCUGAGGGAGCAGCGCCUGCGCGAGAUGAAGGACCUGAACAACAAGAAGCAGGAGUGGCUUAGAAACGGUCAUGGCACCUACACCGAGCUGGCCGACGAAAAGGAGUUCUUCGAGAUGUCAAAAAAGUCGCCCAACAUUGUUUGCCACUUUUACCGCGACAGCACCGAGCGCUGCAAGAUCGUGGACAUGCACCUGAAGAUACUCGCAGCCAAGCACGUGGAGGCCAAGUUCUGCAAGGUGAAUGCCGAAAAGACUCCUUUCCUCACCCAGCGGCUGCGCAUCAAGGUUAUACCCACCAUCGCCCUGGUGAAGGACAGCAAGACCAAGGACUUCAUUGUCGGAUUCACCGAUCUGGGCAACUGCGAUGACUUCGCCACCGAAAUGCUGGAGUGGCGCAUCGCCCACUCGGGGGCCAUUGACUACAAGGGCGAUCUGAUGCAGCCACCAGAUGUGAAACGCAAACCAUUCAUCAACCGCCCACAGAAGACAAUACGUGGAGGCUACGACUCAGAUGACUCCGAUAUCGAUCUGGAUGACUAACUACGGGCAGUCAAUCCCACACUCUCGAUUACCCCAGCUCCAGCUUUAUUUCCACACGCCCACACAAGAAACACUCAAAAGCGAUGGAGAAACAAAAACGGACACACACAAAUCAAAACCUAGCACAUGGAUCUAAACCAAUUAGGCGUACUCUAGCGAUAUUUAUUUAAUUAUACGAUUCCGAUCCCCCUGCUACGGUUCCCAUCGCCACAUAGUAUAAGUGGCUUAUUCGGUUGCCUUUUCCCCGAUUAUGUGCUUUAAUAUCUAUCAGUUCAAUCAGCUGCCUCGAAGGCUGAGCCACUCUAGCGAGCUUAAGCGUACUCAAAAUUUGAUCUUUAUGGUAUUUGCAAUUCUAAAUGAAUGUGCACCCUUCACGUAUAUAUGUUAAGUUGAACAUAGUUUUACAAACCGCCCUCGCUCCAGAAGAAUACGGUGUACGUAAAACAAGAAACUAACAAACACAGCAUAAAAGACAAGCAAACAAAAUAUCUGGCAUAUAUAUUUCUAAAAAUUUCGAUAAAAGGUGUAUUGCAUUUCCUACAGUAGAGGUAACUAACACAUAUGUACAAGUUUUUUAUAUUUAUUUUUGUAAUUCUACAAAGCAUCAAAGGAAAUCAACGAUUAAAGUGCAUGUUCAAAACAAA